AGCUAACGAGUUGCCACACAAUAACUAACAUUAGGUUCAUAUCAGUGUCUACGUUCUUACACUAAUUAGUGCAAAUUAAGUUAUCUAAUUAGACUUAUCUUCUAAUAUUGCGAGGAAAACUGCACCCAUUUGAACAUUGCUGAGAACCAACACCAGAAACCUCUGAGAUUGGACCAUGGAGGAGAUUCAGGUGGAAGACAGCCCAGCAAACUGGGGAGAGAUGGGGAACCCAGAACCCCUGUCUGCAGAAAGCUAUGCUGCAGAAGCCAUGGCGGCAGAUAUGGAACCCUGGAUCGUGUUCGACUCCCGUAAGACUCCCAGAGCGGAAUUUGACCGCUGGCUAGAAACCAACAGACCGUCCCAGGUGAGACGCUUUGGGGACGAGGAGCGGGGAAGGGGCCCGGUCGGGUGGAUUGCUGUGUACGGCCCGGACUACUGCCCUCCCACAGCGGACCUUGACGGACUCCAGGAGAGUUGGGAGAGGCUGUUGGACAGCGGGAGGCCUGUCAACUUCCAGACUGUAAAGGAGCUGGCCCUGAACCAUGGCGUGCUCUCCGGGAAGUGGCUGAUGCACCUGGACACCGGCUUCAAGGUGGACCACGCCUGGGAGUGCGUGGCCAGAGCGAUCCUGGACGGGAAGAUGUACACCGCCAAGGUGAGUCCGCAUGACUCCAAGUCGGACAGCAAACACGUCAUCUGCGCCUACAGCAAGGACUUCACGGACGAGAGGGCGGUGAUGAGGCUGGACUCUGCCAUCCGGGCCUCAGGGGUCAAGUGCCCGCUGUCCUACAAGCCAGAUGUUUACACGUACCUGGGGAUAUACCGCAACAACCGCUGGAAGCUCUGUCCCACCAUCUACGAGAGUAAGUUCGACCUGGAGUGUGUUCCCCGACGCUCCCACGUCCUCAACAAGGUCACCAAUCUAGAGGUCAUGUAGAACAAGGGCAGCGAGUGAACGGCUGUUCCUAAACAAGCCUCGGACGAAAGCCGUGUUAGGCUACGUCGUACAGUCCUGCACAUCUGAUGUGGGUGAAGUCCACAGAGUAUAUCUGGUUUGUUUCCUGUGAGUUCUUCCUUUAGGACUAUUGACAGCGUUGUUUCAUUGUGCUGGAGAUUAAUUCUGAAAAUGUCUUGCAAUUGUUUUAUUUUUGUUUGAUUCUUGAUUUGGUUUUUAAUCAUAUAAUAUAAUUUUUUUUACUCCUGCUGUGAUCCACCACCCUACCACACUGUGUGUAAAACAUCAGGUUACUCCGAUUCUUCUUUACACAGUUAGUGUAUUUUCUGUGUGAUUGUGUACCUUAAAUGCAUUUUGUUGUCAAACAAGAAUGAUUAAUUACAAGUUAUUUUAAACAUUC